AUGGUUGCACAGGAAAUCAUGGCCAAUUGGAUUUGCGCAGAUGAAGGAUGCGAGACAGUAGUUGAGGACCAAGAUUUGCUUUGUUGUGGUGCAUGCAACCUUGUGUAUCACUUAACUUGUUGUGGUCUCAUUGAAAGACCCAUGGGUCUUGCAAUGACGACUGCAAGGCAAAUGCUGGAGGAAGUUCCAAUGGAUGCUGACGAGAGUGACUCGGACAACGACGAGUACCAACCACUCUCACCCGCCGAGGAAUCAGAAGUUCACGAAGAUGUCGCCUAUUUCAUAUCAAGUAGAACUUCCUCGCAGGUCAUAACCUCACCACUCUACGAAGGCAAAGACCCAAUGGGUGAAUAUAUGGCUGAGAUGGACGAGGCAAACCGAAUCGUAGUAUCAUCUGUCAAGCAGAUCAUCUCCACCCUCUCCUCUACCCUCUAUGCACUCAGCAUCCAUUGGACAAAGGAGUUUAAAUCGGGGGAUUUGUCCAUCCCCGACUUCAUCCCCUCCUCCACAAGCCUCCCAUGCCUCACAGAACUCUACCUCUGCAUAAACCUCCGCUCGUACACGUGGGAUUCAGCACUACGACGCUUGAGGUUCACGGGUUCGGCCUGGUCAGUUUAUGAAGGCCCAUACGACACGGUCAAGCGGAUGCCACUAAAUCUAACACACAUCCGCACAAAGACACACAUAAUGGGCACCUUUGGCAGGACGGACAAGAGUCGACACACACACACAGAAAUGAGACACGACACACGCGAUGGAGAACGACACACCUGUCCAACGUUCAACACAUUUGAUGGCAAAUGUCGGUCACUUGUUCAGGAAGAGAGGGAGCAACCUCGCGACCCCGGAAUGAACCCACCAAGAAUCCUCAAUGUCAACGGCCUAGUGUUGGCGCAUCUGGGUGUCAUUAGUGGGGAGGUGCGGGGUACACACCUGGCUGCACGGUGGGUGCCCCUGUUGGUUCGCCAAGUGGCGCUGGAUCCUCGUCGAUGGGCCUCAGCGCUGGAUUCUGUCUGUGGGGGUAUUUUCGUGGGCCGAUUCCGUCAGCGUGGGUGCUUUAUCCUGGGUGCUGGGUUGUUGCCGUCAUGGGUAGAUGGGCGGUUAUGUGGGUUUUCGGGCGGUUUUGUGAGCGUUUUCAUGGGCGUCAUUUGCAUGCGCAAUCCAGAAGCGUACGACGCGGACCGCUGGGAGGCUCACUGGGCAGCAGGUCUUCGAGGCGAAGCUGGGCAUUGGCCGGAACCCGAGGAUCUCAUUUUGUCCGUAUUAGGCGCAUAUGUAGCUGCAGAUGGAAAAUUGACUUGUUCGACCCCUGUCUCGGUCAAUUGUCUGGAACCUGGAUGGAUUUUUUGCGACCGCCCAACGUCAGGCAUCGUCGUCGUCCAUGGCGUACAGCAGUCUUGUACACCUGAUACACCCAAGAAAGUAAUCCCGGAGAUGUUCUGUUCGGGGCCUCAGCUAGACUCGGACCAGUCCCGAGCCAGUUUUGUCUCGGUCUAUUGA